AUGGCCCAUGCGGGUGCAUUGGAGGGAGGAGAAGCAGCGUUUGUGGCGGGCGCAUUGAAGGGGGUGGACGCGGCACCAUGUCCCUGCAUCCCCCAUCACGCCUUGCUCUCGCUCAACGCCGCCACUUUCCCCGCUCCGUCCCUCCCAUCCCGCCGCUUGUCCAGAUUCGACAAGGAGAGGCAGCGACUGGUGCAGGCGCAUCGCAGGGAGGUGAUGCGACAGCAGAGCCACGUGGCAGAGCUUGAGAGGCGCAUUCGGGAGGGCGAGGAGGAGAGGGCGCGGCGCACAGGGGGCACUGCUGCACAGGAGGAGAGGCAACGGGUGAGAGUGACUCUGGCUGGGGGAGUGCAGGAGGCGAAGAGGCUUGAGCGGAUGAUGGCAGCAGGCAAUGCUCCAGAGCAAGUGUGGGAGCCGAGGCACAUGGUGCAGCAGCGGCAGCAGCUGGUGGGGCAGAUGCCUGUGAAUGCAGUGGCGAGGCUGGCAGCACUGCGGCAGGACGCUCUUCUGCUCUCACACACCUUGAGAGGCCUGGAGUCCAGUGUGUGCACACACCGCAGGCAGCUCUCAGAAGCCCAGACUGUGCUGCAGGGCCUCUUGUUCCGUCCCAAGCCCCUCCCAUCUCAGGCUGCUCCGCACCAGCCCUCUCUUCCUCUGCCUCUUGCCCACUCGUGCAAGAAGCACAAGGAUAGUGCCUGA